AUGCUCAAACUUUUAUCAACGCGCAGCCUACAACAGCACGGCCGCGACAGCAGCACCUUAGCCCUGCCCAUUUUGCGAAUUUCCGCCAACCCCCCCGCCCCCUCCAACGUCGUCUCUAUUCCGCCACGGAUCCGCUUCCCAAAAAAAAACUCAACACGUUCAAAUUUACGCAGCCAACGGGUUCAGCAGCGGAGGCAUCGUCAUCAUCAUCAUCAGCCCGCGGCCCCCAAGGGACGCUCAUCCUUGAUCCGGAGAUGCGUCGCCGCUAACCCGGCUGUCGACGACGGGGAGGUAGCUACAGACGACGUCGACGAGCAGGCUGAGGGGGAGACGGUCGCGGUUAACGCUGGAGCCGAGGCGGCGUCCCCGAAGAAGGCUCUUCGCACGGUGAUCAAGUUCGGCGGGAGCUCGCUGGCGACUUCGAAGCGGCUGAAAGAGGUGUCCGCCCUGGUGAAGCUGCUCAUCGACGAGGGCCAGAUGCCGAUCAUGGUUUGCUCGGCCAUGGGCAAGACCACCAACAACCUCCUCAACGCCGGCGAGUUCGCUCUUACGGACGGGAAGGUGUACAUCGACGCGAUCCAAACGCUCCAUCUGUCCGCCUGCGACGAGCUCGAGCUCGGCGAGCACACGAAACGCGACAUCGAGAGCCUUCUCGCCGACCUGAGACAAAUGCUCGAGGGAGUGGGCAUGCUGCGAGAGCUUACUCAGAGGAGCCGCGAUCGUUUGGUGUCCUACGGCGAGCGCAUGUCGGUCCGGAUGAUGGCCGCGACACUCAACAAGGCCGGGGUGCCCGCCCAGCACUUCGAUGCGUGGACGCUUGGCAUGCGCACAACGGACGAGUUCGGAAACGCGGAUGUCUUGGACGAGUCGUACCCGCUGAUCAAGGAGACUCUCUCCAAGUUCGACCCCAGCAUGGUGGCGGUGGUGACCGGGUUCCUGGGCCAGUCCCCCUGCAAGCAGAUCACGACCCUCGGGAGGGGAGGGUCAGACCUCACGGCCACCGUCAUCGGCGUCGCUUGCGGAGCCGACGAAGUUCAGGUCUGGAAGGACGUGGACGGCAUGAUGACGGCGGACCCGAGGGCGGUGCCAGGAGCCGUACCCGUGCCCUGCGUUUCCUACGAAGAGGCGGCGGAAUUGGCCUACUUCGGUGCCAACAUCCUGCAUCCGGUGUCGAUGCGCCCUGUGAUCAAGACGGGGCUCCCCGUGCGCAUCAAGAACUCGUACAACCCUUCCCACCCUGGCACGGUGAUCGCCGCGAAAAGGGACUGCGGGGAGACGCUGGUGACGGCCAUCACCUUCAAGAAGGGCGUCGAGCUGGUCGACAUCGUGUCCACGCGAAUGCUUGGGCAGUCCGGCUGCUGCGGCUGUGCAUGCUGGAAGGUGUUCCAGGCCUUCGCCGAGCACUCGCUUUCCAUCGACAUGGUGGCCACGUCCGAGGUGUCCAUCUCCCUGACGCUUGACCAGGAGGAGGACAGGGAAACCCUUCUCAGGGAAACCCUUCUCAGGUGCCUGGAGCAACUGGGAAAUUUCGCGGAGGUGUCGGAAUACCCCAGCAGGUCGAUAAUCAGCCUGAUCGCCAACGUGUCCCGGUCGUCCGAGGUGAUGGCGGAGGUUUUCGAGGUGAUGCGGGANCCCCCCUAACUUAAACCCCCCCUAUUCGUGGCUCUUUCCUUUGGCGUUUUAUUUCGUUCUCUUUCUUUUUUGACGUGGUACAGUAGGGGGCCCUGUAUACAUAAGGUGCCGGUGCUGAUGCUCAAGCCUUUGUGCGUGUGUUUCUUAUUAGCAUCGACCGCGCUAACCGGCUGACCAAUGACAAGACGUCCGUCUCAGUGCGGUCGAAAAAAAAAAUGCUUCUGAAGGUCAUGAUCUGGGACCCUGUGACCGAGCGUCAUGGGUGGGUCUACUGCUACUCUCUGGAUCAAAGGCACAUACCGUAGCAAUAUAUGUUGUGCGUGUUUUUAUUUUAUUUUUUUGUGUCGAUCACGACCGUUGUGACCGACUGUUUGCCGCCGUCGGCAAAUAAUGAUUUGCCAUCUGUACAUUGGAUGACAUAUAUAUCAGG